AUGAUUAUGGCUGCUUAUGAUAUCUGGUAUCCGUAUAAAUUAUUCCUACGACAAAUCUCGAGAUGCGGUCAAUGGUAUUCGACAUCAGAUGAGAAUAACAAACAAGUAUCCGGUACUGAUUAUCAAUCAUUCUUUGGUGAUUUAGCUGCUAUUCAAGCAAGUCAAAAUGGUCAGUUUCUGAACAAUUUGCAUAAAGAUCUGAAUCGGCCAGAUGUUUAUCGUAUUUGGAUGGGGCCUGAACCAGUUCUGAUGUUAGCUCAUCCUCGUGCUGUGAAAGAGUUCUGGAGUCAACAUAAUGAGAAUAGGGUCGAACGAAAUGUUCAUUUAGGUUGGCCACUUGAAAUGAUUAUGAGUAAUGGUGUUGGUUUUCGAUCGAUGGAAGAUCGAAAUCGAAUUACAAAAUAUUUUCAUCAAGCUCUUGGACAAAAUCAAAUUCGUCAUUUCGAUUUAGAACUUGAAACAAUCGUCACUGAGUUUUUUCACCAACAUUCAUCUGAUAUUUUACAAUCUCAUCAUAUCAAAUAUCUUGCUCAUGAUGCAGCAAUUCCUUUCUUUCUUGGCAAUGCAGGUUUUGAUCAUAUCGAUGAACUACACGUACUUGUCGAUCGACUAAAAGAAUUAAUGACUGAAGUAUUUGAUGCUCGAUGGAUGAAUGUACCCAUCAUUGGUUACUAUCUUC